AGCUGCACAGGGAACUCGAGGACGAGUUUUUUGGUUUGUUUGUGUUUUAUUGUGGAGGGAUUCCUCUUCCUAGACACUACAGCUAACGUUACAUGCCGUUUGCAGACAGGAAGUGGAAGAUUGACAGGUCUGUCAGUGGCUCCGUUGUUCAUUUCAGUAUCUGCCCGUGAAUAAAUCUGACCCUGUCCUUCGACAUGUCGGCCAGGAACCCGGGGACAACGCUCGACCUGGAGUGGAUAUCCAAAGUGAGGGUGAACACACAUGCCGUCCUGAAGAGAGCCCAGCACAUACAAGGACAGAAGAUCCCCAAGAAACAGUGGCAGGCCGCCUGGCUGCUGAAGGCCGUCACAUGCAUCGACCUGACGACUCUCGCUGGAGACGACACGCCGUCCAACGUCCACCGGCUGUGCCUGAAAGCCAUCCAGCCGGUCCGACACGACCUGCUCCGGGCAGUGGACAUGCACAACAAAGGAGUUACUACAGCAGCAGUGUGUGUGUAUCCGUCUCGUGUGGCCGACGCCGUCAAAUCACUGAAAGCAGCCAACUCCAGCCUUCCUGUGGCCUCAGUGGCCACUGGUUUCCCAGCAGGCCAGACACCACUGGAGACCCGCCUGCAGGAAGUCCGCUUGGCAGUGGCCGACGGCGCCGCGGAGAUCGACAUCGUCAUCAACAGGACGCUCGCCAUCACCGGAGAGUGGGAAGCCCUGUAUGAUGAGAUCCGUGAGUUUCGGGAGGCCUGUGGCGACGCCCACAUGAAGACCAUCCUGGCUAUCGGAGAGCUGGGCACCUUCACCAACGUCUACAAGGCCAGCUUGGUCGCCAUGAUGGCGGGCUCGGACUUCAUCAAGACGUCCACGGGAAAGGAAUCUGUCAACGCCACUUACCCUGUCGCCAUAGUGAUGGUGAGGGCCAUCCGGGACUACUUCCUGUGCACGGGCCACAAGGUGGGCUUUAAGCCAGCAGGGGGGAUCCGGACGGCUCAGGAGUCUCUGGUGUGGCUCUCUCUAAUCAAAGAGGAGCUGGGCAACGACUGGCUCUGCCCGCUCCUGUUCCGCCUGGGAGCCAGCAGCCUGUUGGCUGACAUCGAGAGGCAGAUCUACCAUCACGUGACCGGACAGUACGCUGCCUAUCAUGAGCUGCCUAUGGCCUGAAACUGUGGCCUUCCUGUGCCAAACGACCAAUCAGAACCUUCGACUCACGUUGGUGGGCGUCCAGGCAGCGCAACCCAUUCUGUGAGCCACGCCCAUGAUCAGUGCUUUGACCAAUGAGACAGAGACAACUGCUGUCAUUGUAUUAUCUGUGUAAUAAUCAAAUGUACUUAUGAAGAGAUGGGAUUCCACUUUGCCACACGUAAUACCUUUAUGCUUGCUGCUUGUGGAGGAUGUGAUGAGUUGAACUAAACUUGUUUCAUGUGAAGCAGGAAAGCGGUUUCAAGUUAAGGAAAAUAAUAUUCAUCAAUCUGCCUCUCAUUUGAACUGAUCUUUUCCUAAAUAAAGUCUUUAUCUAUAACUA